AUGGGUAGCUACCACUUCAUUUUGCUCAUAACUAUAGCCUGUAUUUGCAAUGCCUCGUCAGCAUCCAUCUUCGCUAAGGACGUAGGCAAAAUGAGUGUAUUACCUCCAGCUCAUUACGAUUACGAAGCAUGCAUGGACAACAUAUUUGAUAAUGCUCAGUUGACUUUCAACGCCAAGCUUGGUCUUGAUCCAGCAUUGACGUGGAAGAAUGCCACUGAGCUAGCGGAACAAGUCCACAUGCUCAUCGAUAAAGGCGUUGAUAGCUUUGUUCAAGUAUGCAAUGCACGUCAAGUCUAUGCCUAUCAGCUUGGGGCUACGUAUCCCUUCUGCGUGAAUCGUUUCUAUCUUCUUAACCGUGACGCCACGCCUUUUGCUGAUGCUGUUACAUAUAUUCAUACUUACAAACAUCUAGAAUUCAUAUGCAGCACAGGAUUUGAUGUAUAUCAGUCCAAUCUUGCCUGCAUUGUUAAUGCGGAACACACUGGAGGAACUGUAUAUCAGGCAUGCUUCUACAAGUUCCAGCAAAUAGUACAGAAUAAUCCAUAUCGAUUCUGCGAGUAA